GAUUACCGAAGAAGGCUCCCUUAAAACCCUCUUCCUAUAUAAACCCCUACUCACUCUCCAAUUUCGAUUCGCUUUCGCCCCCUUUUACAUCACUCCUCUCCGCCCUUCCCGUUCUCUUCCCCUUCGUUCCCUUUCUGGUUUCAUGUCUUCUUGAAUAGCUAAAGAUUGCAGCCAGUCAUAUAAACAAAAGAUGGAACAUCCUGAGGAUGAACGUCGUGUUGGAGUGGAACACCCGGAGAAACAUGAAGAUGAGGACGCUGUGGCUCGUCACGAGGAAUACAAAAAAUCUGUUGAGGCAAAGAUGGCUCUGAGGCAGAUCAAUUUGAAUCCAGACAGGCCAGACACUGGUUUUCUCAGGACGUUGGAUUCUAGUAUUAAGCGCAAUACUGCAGUUAUUAAAAAGCUAAAACAGAUUAAUGAAGAGCAGCGAGAAGGUUUGAUGGAAGAGUUGCGCGGUGUCAACUUAAGCAAGUUUGUAAGUGAAGCAGUGACUGCUAUAUGUGAUGCAAAGCUUCGGUCCACAGACAUACAAGCUGCAGUGCAGAUCUGUUCUCUGCUUCAUCAGCGGUACAAGGACUUUUCACCAAGUCUUGUUCAAGGCCUUGUGAAAGUGUUCUUUCCUGGAAAAGCUACAGAGGAUGUAGAUGCAGACAAGAAUGCGAGGGCUAUGAAAAAGCGUAGCACUUUAAAACUUCUUUUGGAACUUUACUUUGUUGGAGUUGUUGACGAUACUGGCAUCUUUGUGAAUAUUGUUAAGGACCUCACCAAUGUUGAACAUCUGAAGGAUCGUGAUGCAACUCAGACUAAUUUGUCACUCCUUGCUAGCUUUGCUCGGCAAGGAAGAUACCUGCUUGGGCUUCCAUUGUCUGGCCAAGAUAUUCUUGAAGAGUUUUUCAAGGCCCUUAAUGUGACAACUGAUCAGAAAAGGUUCUUUAGGAAGGUGUUCCAAACAUAUUAUGACGCAGCCGUAGAACUUCUUCAGUCAGAGCAUGCUUCACUUCGGCAAAUGGAGCAUGAAAAUGCAAAGACUUUAUCUGCCAAAGGCGAACUGAAUGAGGAGAAUGCUUCUGCAUAUGAAAAGCAGCGGAAAGCUUAUGACCAGCUGUAUCGUGGCAUCUCAGGAUUGGCAGAAGCACUUGACAUGCAACCUCCGGUGAUGCCUGAGGAUGGUCAUACAACCAGGGUAACAUCAGGGGACGAUGCAUCAUCCCCUGGUGCCAGUAAAGAUUCUUCUGUCCUUGAAGCCCUGUGGGAUGAUGAAGAUACAAGGGCUUUCUAUGAGUGUCUCCCAGAUCUCAGAGCAUUUGUUCCAGCUGUAUUACUUGGAGAAGCAGAACCAAAGUCGAGCGAACAGCCUCUGAAGGCGCAAGAGCAUUCGAUUGAUUCAGCAAGUGAAGCAGAUGAAGCUCAGACUGCUGCAGUAGAGACUGCAGAGGGUGCUGUAGAUGCUGGAGCUGUGCAGGAGGACAGAAAUGAUAAAGGCAGGGAUAAAGAUGAGAAGGAUAAAGAGAAGACCAAGGAUAAAGAUGAAAAGGAUAAAGAGACUGAUAAGGAAAAAACAAAAGAAAAGGAAGCUGAAAGAAAAGGAGAAGGUGACAAGGAGAAAGCAAGAGGUGUCGAAGGAGCUAAUCUAGAUGGUCUGCUUCAGCGGCUACCCAGUUGUGUUAGCCGUGAUUUGAUUGACCAGUUGACAGUGGAGUUUUGCUAUCUGAAUUCCAAGUCCAAUAGGAAAAAGCUUGUUAGAGCAUUGUUCAAUGUCCCCAGGACAUCACUAGAGUUGUUGCCAUACUACUCACGCAUGGUGGCCACUCUGUCAACUUGCAUGAAGGACGUGUCGUCCAUGCUUUUACAGUUGUUGGAAGAGGAGUUCAGCUUUCUGAUAAAUAAAAAGGAUCAAAUGAAUAUAGAAACAAAAAUAAGGAAUAUUCGUUUUAUUGGAGAGCUCUGCAAAUUUAGAAUGGCACCACCUGGCCUUGUCUUCAGUUGUCUAAAGGCUUGUUUGGAUGAAUUCAGUCAUCACAAUAUUGAUGUUGCUUGCAAUCUUCUCGAGACAUGUGGGCGUUUUCUUUACCGAUCUCCUGAAACUGCAAUACGCAUGGCAAACAUGUUAGAGAUAUUAAUGCGUCUGAAGAAUGUUAAAAAUUUGGACCCUCGCCACAUUACCUUAGUGGAGAAUGCAUAUUACUUAUGCAAGCCACCGGAAAGAUCUGCGCGAGUGUCUAAAGUUCGGCCUCCUUUGCAUCAGUACAUAAGAAAAUUGCUCUUUUCGGAUCUUGACAAGUCUUCAAUAGAGCAUGUGCUCAGACAGCUUCGUAAGCUUCCUUGGAGUGAAUGCGAGGCAUACCUCUUGAAGUGUUUCAUGAAGGUUCACAGGGGCAAGUAUGGUCAGAUUCAUUUGAUUGCAUCACUUACUGCUGGUUUAAGUCGCUAUCAUGAUGAUUUUGCUGUUGCCGUUGUUGAUGAGGUUCUGGAGGAGAUCAGGGUGGGAUUAGAGUUGAAUGACUUCGGGAUGCAGCAAAGACGUAUUGCUCACAUGCGUUUCCUAGGGGAAUUAUAUAACUAUGAACUUGUUGAUUCCUCUGUUAUAUUUGACACGCUCUAUUUGAUUCUCGUUUUUGGCCAUGAAACAUCUGAGCAAGAUGUGCUGGAUCCUCCCGAGGAUUGUUUCCGUAUCAGGAUGGUUGUUACACUACUUGAAACCUGUGGGCACUACUUUGAUCGAGGUUCAUCGAAGCGAAAACUUGAUCGCUUCCUAAUACAUUUCCAGAGGUACAUAUUGAACAAAGGUGUACUCCCCCUGGAUAUAGAGUUUGAUUUGCAGGACUUAUUUGCCGAAUUACGUCCUAACAUGAUGAGAUAUGCAUCAAUUGAAGAAGUCAAUGCUGCUUUAGUUGACCUUGAGGAGCAUGAGCGCAUAGUUAAUGUAGAAAAAGCCAACAAUGAGAAGCAUUCUGACAGCGAGAAAAUUCCCAGCAGGACAACCUCUGGAAUGUCUGUAAAUGGUAAAAGCCUUGCGAAUGGCAUUGAAGAAAAUGGAAUGCAUGAAGAGAUCAUGGAGACUGAAAGUGAUUCCGAGAAUGGCACCAUUGAGCAUGUGGGUCACGAUGAUGAUGAAGAGACAGAUGAUGGGAAUCGGGAUGAGAGGGGUGACACUGAGGAUGAAUCUGAUGAUGGUGAUGGACCUGGUUCGGAUGCGGAGGAUGAAGUACAUGUCAGGUCAAAGGUUGCAGGGGCUGAUCCUCUGGAGGAGGCAGAAUUUGAGAGAGAGCUUCGGGCUCUGAUGCAGGAAAGUUUGGAUUCAAGAAAAUUGGAAUUACGGGGAAGGCCUACACUAAACAUGAUGAUACCAAUGAAUGUCUUUGAGGGGCCAUCUAAGGACCAUCGCGGGGUUGAAGGAGAGAGUGGUGAUGAAACGUUGGAUGAAGGAGCUGGAGGAAGUAAGGAGGUUCCAGUGAAGGUUCUUGUGAAGCGAGGUAGUAAGCAGCAGACAAAGAAAAUGCUCAUUCCUCGUGAUUGCUCACUCAUUCAGAGCACAAAACAGAAAGAAGCAGCUGAGCUUGAAGAAAAGCAAGACAUCAAGAGGCUGGUUCUGGAGUACAAUGAUAGAGAGGAAGAAGAACUUAAUGGGUUAGGGAAUCAGCCACCAAGCUGGACACAAAACAGUGGGAGCAGAGUUGCUCAUAGGGGCAACACAUGGGAUGCACCUGGCAGGGGCAGUGGGUCACGUCAUCGCUAUCUGUAUCAUUCAGGUGGCGGGCUUUAUUAUGGCAGAAGAAGAUGAAUUCAAUCUCAUGUUACAGUAUGGUAAUGGCUAGCUCUAUCAAGUUGGUUUGCUACAUAUUUGUUAUUGGAAGUGGAAAAGUGGCUCCAGUUUAUUGCAUAUGCCACCUUCCAGUUGAGGGUGGUGGUUUAUCUUGGGCUGGCAUUAGCAUGUCCAGGAAAUUGCCUCCUGUGAACUGCAGUACCUAUAAAGAGAUCUAUGUAUGGGGAUGGUACGUAUAUGAGUUGGUGCUACAUCUUCCGCUGUGUCAAGAUUCUAACUUAGCAAAUGACUUGCUAUCCGUGUAUAUACUGUUGAGUAAUUAAGAAAUAUCAUCUUAUGUUAUGGCAGAAGGAAAGAAUGUUUCCUGCGUAGUUUCACUGACUCUUGUUCUGAAGCAGAUGAUGUCUGACUCUGCCCUUACAGUUGUUGCUGAUUAGGCAUUUGAGAUGUUGCCUUAAUUUUGGAGUUUGGCUGGCCUCUAUUUAUUGAUUAAUGGCAAGUUCAUCUCAGAAUACUUGUGUCUAGGGGAAUAACAUUUUACACUCUCCCCAUUUUUUGGGUUUUCAAGAAAGGGAAUGAGUUACACUUUCUUCAUAACUGGCUGGCUUGUGACAGAUAUCUGUAGUUUUAGUAGGGGGUUAGGUUAGGUGACGCGUCACCCCGCGAAGAAUUUAAAUCGCCCUGUUCCAUCCUGCAUAUCAACUUUUUGUGUUAUAAACCCGCCCCAUCCCGCAUAGACCCACCUUAACCUUGUCCAGCUUAAGUUACUAUAUUUCAUCUUUUUUUCUUAA